CCCCCGGAAGUUCCAGAAUCUGCCUCUGUUGGAUAUACCGGGCAACGACUGCGGAUUAGACACGAGAUCGUGUAUAAAUGGUAAAACUUUUAGCAUGGUCGAAACUAGGUUUACUUUUGCGGAAAUGGUGAAUAUCCUACUUUUGUAAACACUGUUUCGUUUAUUUUACUCACCGUGAAGAAAAUCUUACAUAAUCCGAUCAAGCACAAACAGAUGAGUUUGUUUAGCACUACCAAUGGUCCAUAAAACUUCGUGAACAAGGAUGGUGGAAGUAAUUGAUGAAAACUAUACGAAUACGAAGAUAUAUAAAUGAGAACAACGUUGUUUUUUUCUGCUGGAUAAUAUUUGAAUUUUGAAUAUUGUUUUCUGACAAAUGCCUGACCUGCCUAUAAACUAGCUGAGAUGAUGGUAUGAUGACUAACAGACUAAGAAGUGUUUCUUUUUAGGAAUAGUGCCAUCGUCAUCGAAGUCGGCAGGCAGGAGAAAGAGAAUUACCCAACCUUCAUCGAGUGCAAGGAAUAGAAAUUGUGUUUCCAUUUUAAUGUGGAAAUGAGGAAGAUUCACAUAACACAGAGCUAGACAAUUAAGGACGAUGGCAUAUCCAUUCGACCAAGAAAUCAGUGCUUCAUCAGUGGUUGGUGCCCGAGCUGUGAGUCUUCAUCAAUCGAGUAUCAAGGAACAACGCAAACUUGAGGAGAAUCUUCAAUCAUUGUCCAAAGAAAUGCGAUCCCGAAUGAACCAACUAGACUCGGAGACGAGUGAAAUGCGUCGCCACGCCGUCCGGAUGUUUGACUCCGUACGACGAAAAGAACACCAGAGAAUGACGCAGUCGCGUCAAGAAAUAGCCAACCUACACUCAUCGGGAAGUUCAGAUGAUAUAACCAAUCUCUUCUCGGGACCUUCUUCGCGAGCAAAUUCUGCUGGACGUUUGAAAACGGCGCAGUUACCGCGUCGCCCAAGUAAAUCAAGCGAUGGGGCGCCGUCACAGGUAUCACUUAGCCGGUGCUACUCGUCACCAGCGUCCAUUGAUAAAGUCGGUCCAAAUUUUGAUGUGGAGCUAGCAACAGAACCGAAAGGUGAUUUCAGUGAUGAAAGUAUUGCCGCAGACGCAGCUUCGAUUCCAGUCACAGACCUGCCAAACUUCUGCACCGGACGAGAACUUGGAAUGAUUGGGGAAAUGGUGACCAAUGAAGAUGUGAACGAGGACAAUGACAACACUGUCUUGGACCAUAAACCAAACCACUCAAGAGUUGAGUCGUCACCACAUUUACUUAGAAGGCAUUCGCAGACUAAUUUGAAUCUGAGGUCGACAUCGCAUAUCGGGGACGAGCGUGCGAAACUAAUGACGAGACGUCGACGCACUUCGGACAUCGUUAAACCAGUGACCACUUCACCUGGGAUGAGACCUUCCAGACGGCAUAGCUCUCACGAGCCUGCCUUCUUGACAAACACAACGGGAACUCGUAGCAACCAAGAGCUUUUACUGCAUCGUACAUCAUCAGUUAACUUGCCUCCUCUACGACACCCAUCAUACAUGGGACGUCGUAGUGUCCAGUCUGACAGUCAAAUCAUGUCUCCACCUUUGUCUCCGAACGAAUCACCGCGCAGCGUCGUCGGUGCUCGUCACAACCAAAAUGCGUCAUUUCGACGCGCAUCUCACACCGAAUCCUCUCCGUGUAUCAUGAAACAAACCUUUGCCUCGACACCUAGGCGGAGCGUGUCACAAGUAGUUGGUGAGCUGGUACACAUCGAGGAAAUCCGACGUCAUUCCAGAGGUACUUCCUUGCAGGAUGGUGUUCGCAAAGCUCGAGGAGCGUUGCAAAGCAAAUCAUUCCCGUUCAACAGCACACAAAGGGCUGAUGUUGCUUGUACGUCCAUGUCCAAGACACAAUCCCUGGGGGAUAUAUUUGAUGAACUUAAAGACUGCCGAUAUUUACGGAUCUCAAACCAAGACUCUACAGCUUAAAGAUAAAGAUAUAGACUGUACGUGUUCCUCAGGAAUCCAUAAAGCUUAAAGAUUUAAUCAAUUAGAUUGAAAAAAAACUACAAAGGCUUCAAGGAAACAUGAUUAAUACAGUGUAAAUCCACUUUUUUAUGUAUAGUAAUGCCUAGUUAGAGGUCAAGUCCACUUCAGAAUGUUGAUUUGAAUUAACAGAGAAAAAUCAGACAAGCAUAAUACUGAAAAUUUCAUCAAAAUCGGAUGUAAAAUGAAAAGGUUAUGAUAUUUUAAAGUUUCGCUUAUUUUUCACAAAAUAGUUAUAUGCACAAUUUAGUCACAUGCAAAUGAGAGAAUCGAUGUCAUUCACUCACUAUUUCUUUUGUUUUGUAUUGUUUGAAUCAUACAAUAUUUCAAUUUUUACAGAUUUGAAAAUAAGGACAAACUUGACUGAACCACAUAAUGUUUAACAAUGGUAAUUCCACAUGUUCAGGGUGAAAUAAAAACUUUGUUUCACAGGACAAUGAGGAGAAAAUUAGAAUAUUUCAUAUAAUAAAAUACAAAAGAAAAAGUGAGUGAGUGAUGUCAUCACUUCCCCCAUUUGCAUACCGACCGGGAUGUGCAUAUAAUAAUUAUGUGAAAUUAAGCGAAACUUCAAAAUGUCAUAAUUUUCUUAUUUUACAUCCGAUUUUGAUGAAAUUUUCAGUGUUAUGCUCGUAAGAUUUUUCUCUUUUUAUUCAAAUCAACUUUUUGUUGGGGGGACUUGUCCUUAAUCACUCCACUGACCGUACGCAGCGAAUUAGACAAAGUGUUACCUUGAAGUUACUUUGAUGGUCACAUCUUCACGACGAGGGUGUACAGAUGAGUGUGGCAGUAAUAAGGAGGCUCUUAGAGCCCAUUUAAAAACCCAAUUGUGUUGAAGAUGAACCAAUGGGAAGAAAAGAAAAGGAAAGUAUAGACGAAGAGGGCGUAGAUCAGGCGACAAUUUACGGUAUACGAAAUUACGUUUGAUGAAAAAAAUUGUACAUAGGAUUUGUUAUUCCGAGAUUCUUUAAACCGGAAAUGAAAUAAGGUUCGUUAUUCCGAAUGUUCGUAUAUAUCCAAAUGUGUUUUUUUUUAUUCCGAAAAGGAAAUGAGGUAAGUCGAUAUGAAAACAAUAUUUAAAAAUCAUCAUUUUGAAUUUUAAUAUUUGAAGUCGCUAUUCUAAAUGUUCGAUAGUCAGGCAAAGAAGACUUUCACAGGGGCCGCGGAACGGUAUUGAAAGUGGAUGGGGACUGAGCAAAAAGUGGGGGAGGGGGCUGACCAUACGUUUUUUUUGUACACGGUUAUGGCAAAAAGUGCGGGGGCUAAAGGCCGCAGCCCCCCCCCCCCGUUUCCUCGGCCCCUGUUUUUUAUUCAUACUUACUAAUCUAAUUUCAUUUUCGUUUGAACGUACCUCCGGAAUAACGAGUCUUAUUAUUCAUUGCAGGAUAACAGCCCUUCGGAUUAUUAUUUUAUUUUAACUCUUAUACGAUUAAUCAACCUCUUGCCAUUCGCGUUUAUCGGAAUCAUGAAACUGUGGAUUUUCUCAUGAACGAAUCCCAACUUAUGAACUUCAUUAUUGGUCUCUCAAAAAAUCGUAAUAAUGACCCUUAUCAGGGGCCGCGGAACGAUUUUGAAAGUGGGGGCUGAGACAAAAGUGGGGGGGGGGGCUGGCCAUGAAAAAAAAUCACAUCAGGUUGUUAUUUUUUUUUAAAGUGGGGGCUGAAGCCCACACGCCCCCUCCCCCGCUUCCGCGGCUCCUGCUUAUUUCGUUUUCGAAUCAACCAAGCUUCGGAAUAUCGAAACUUAUUUCAUCGUCGGAAUAAAAAUCUUCGGAUUAUAUCGAACCUCCAGACGAUUCGAGCUUUCUGUAUAAUGAACCUUUGGAAUAAGGAGCUGCAUUAAUACAAUAUAUAGACGAUGUAUUUCGUUGAGAUGAUGGCGUGGAAAUGUUGGCGCUAUUGCCGUUUGAUAGUAUCGGCUGUAAUCAUGGUAAUUGCAUGAAUCAUUUUAGCAUUUGUGAUAGGGUCCAUGAUUUUAGUGAAGCCAUUAUCACCAAUUGAUAUUCUCAAUAGCUUAGACGUGAAAUAUAAUGAAGUUGUCAUUACAUUCAUUACAUAGAUAUACUUGUUAAUUGUGAUCUAUAGAAAAGUACAUAAAAAGUAUUGUUUCAUGAAAUUAUGCAGAUCUAUAUACGUUUAUGAAUAAAACCGGACCUUUAUUUCACAA